CAUGAGAUGCUGUCAAAGCAGGAAGUGUGCGCGGAUUUUGUCAUUGAUCGCGGCUUUUCUACUGUAUCUGUUACUAAUGUUAACAACAAACUAGAUGAUCUGCAUGUACUGACUUUAUACAGUAAAAGCCACAAAGCAUGCUAAAUUCACUCUGGAACAGAGGACGUCCAGACACAAACCACACUAAUGCUGAUGAUCAGUCCGAGAAUGACUUCGGGAAUGCAAGAGAAACAGUACACCCCAUCUCUUCUCAGCUUUUUUGUCUAUAAUCCUUCAUUUGGGUCACGAGAGGGAGAGGAGGAGAAGAAGAUUUUAUUCUACCAUCCCAGUGAGGUCGAGAAGAAUGAGAAGAUCCGUAAUGUCGGUCUUUGUGAGGCCAUUGUACAGUUUACCAGAACCUUCUGUCCAACAAAGCCUGCUAAAUCCCUACACACACAGAAGAACAGGCAGUUCUUCUUUGAAGCAGAGGACAGUUUCUGGAUCGUUAUGGUGGUGCGGAACCCGAUGGUAGAAAAACCUAAUAAAGAUGGGAGACCUCCCACAAUAGAAUAUCAGGAAGAGGAAAUACUUGACACAGUUUACGGUGCAGUAUUACGGGAAUGCUACAGUAUGUACAAGCUCUUCAACGGCACAUUUGGCAGAGCAAUGGAAGCAGGCGGGGUGGAGCUGCUCAUGCAGAAGCUUGACAAGUUCUUUUACAGGUACCUGCAGACGCUGCACCUGCAGUCCUGUGACCUGCUGGAUGUAUUCGGUGGGAUUGCCUUUUUCCCCCUGGACAAGAUGACCUACCUGAAGAUCCAGUCAUUUGUAAACAGAGUGGAGGAGAGCCUCAGCCUGAUCAAAUACACAGCCUUCCUCUACAACGACCAGCUGAUAUGGAGUGGUCUGGAGCAGGAUGAUAUGCGGAUCCUGUACAAGUACCUGACGACGUCACUGUUUCCCAGACACUCUGAACCAGAGCUGGCUGGUAGGGACUCUCCCUUAAGGCCAGAGGUGGCAGGGAAUCUGCUUCACUAUGGGAGGUUUUUGACAGGACCUGCUAACCUCAAAGACCCAGAGGCCAAAUUCCGGUUCCCUAGAAUAUUUGUCAACACAGAGGACAGUUAUGAGGAGCUGCAUCUGAUAGUUUAUAAGGCGAUGAGUGCAGCGGUUUGUUUUAUGAUCAGUGCAUCUGUGGAGCUGACGAGGGAGUUCUGUGAGCAGCUGGAUGGUCUGGUGGGACCUCAGCUCACCCUGCUGGCCUCCGACAUAUGUGAACAAUACAAUGUCAACCGCAGGAUAUCAGGGCCGGACAAGGAGCCCCAGUUCAAGUUCAUCUACUUCAACCACAUGAACCUGGCAGAGAAGAGCACCAUCCACAUGAGGAAGACCGCCAGCGUCUCUCUGACCUCGGUCCACCCAGACCUCAUGAAGAUUCUGGGAGACAUCAACUGUGACUUUGCCAGGGUUGAUGAAGAUGAAGAGAUCAUUGUGAAGGCUAUGACAGACUACUGGGUGGUCGGCAAGAAGUCGGACCAGAGAGAACUCUACGUUAUCUUGAACCAGAAGAAUGCCAAUUUGAUUGAAGUUAAUGAGGAAGUGAAGAGGCUCUGUGCGACACAGUUCAACAACAUUUUCUUCUUGGACUGAAAGAAAUAAAGAAAAGAAAGAACUGCACGAAGAAGAGGGAGAGAAAGAGAGACGGUGAGAGGGCAAUGGACUGUUUCACCACACUAAAACUGUCAGCAUUGCAGGGUGUUAUGACAGCAUCAGUGUA